AUGAAAACCAAGUUAGACAGUGUGCUACUGGCCCAGAAGAAGUUCAUCUACCAAUACAAAAACAUGCGGUGGGCUCGCGGUCGCUGUGAGACUUAUCUGUGCUUUGUGGUGAAGAGAAGGAUUGGACCCAACUCACUGUCCUUUGAUUUCGGGCACAUGCGCAAUCGCACCGGCUGUCACGUGGAGGUUCUGUUUCUGCGACACCUGGGUUGGCUGUGCCCAGGCCUAUGGGAUAUUGGUCCGGGUGGAGUGAGGCUAUGCUACUCCGUCACCUGGUUCUGUUCCUGGUCACCAUGCUCGGACUGCGCCCGCCGCCUGUCCAACCUCCUGUCACAGAUGCCAAACUUGCGGCUGCGGAUCUUCAUCUCACGCCUCUACUUCUGUGAUCUGGAAGACAGCAGGGAGAGAGAAGGGCUCAGGGAGUUGAAGAGAGCAGGGGUGAAACUGUCCAUUAUGACUUUCAAAGACUAUUUCUACUGUUGGCAAACAUUUGUGGCUUGCAAUGCAAGAGCCUUUAAGGCUUGGGAUGGACUCCACCAGAACUCUGUGAGACUGUCCAGGAAACUGUACCGCAUCCUCAUGCCUACUGAGACUGAAGACCUGAGAGAUGCGUUUACGCUGCUCGGACUGUGA